GACGACGAGGGUCGAUUUGCAAUUACGACGGGGGAUCGGGGAAACAAGCGAUCGGGAUGUUCGACGUGCUGGCGCCGGGAAAGCUCGUCUUAACCUUGCGAUCGACACCGCCCUUCGUGGCCGAGAGCGCCUUCGCUUUAGCCCUGACGAUCUUGUUAGCGGCGCCGCUGAUCGUGCGCGUUUACCUCCUGCUCGACAGGCCGCUGAGAGCCUUCACGAAGACUUCGUCCUCGCGUCGCCACGCUCGUGCCUGCAGUCGAUCGUUAUUGAUACAUUAUCCGGCGCGAGUCGAAGUGGCCGACUCCACGUCGAGUUCCAGUCUGCAUACGGAAUACGUUCGCGGGCGGAUCAAUUCCACGCCGACUCUACGUGACGACGGCGAUGUCUCGAGGAGCUCGAGCCGGCGCGGGAUUCGAGUCGACGACGGGAGGAGGAUCGGAGAUCGCGGAUCGAAUGAGGUACGGAAAUGCCCGCCCGCGGAUCGUCCCACGUUCCCCGCGGACUCGCGACGUCGGAUAAUCGACAUGUCGAGCCUCGACUACAAAGCCUACCGUCACAAGCUGAUCGAGGCGACCCUGAGGAGGCAGUACGACGACUUCCAGCCGCCGGGCGACGUCGUCUUGAACUCGCUGCACCUGAGCUCGGCCGACUCGGUGAUCGGCGUGCGAUUGAACGAUCGAUACGACCACAGCCUCUUCGACUUCGUCGAGGAGUACUACGACGUCGCCGCGGCGACGAGCCGACGGAACGUCGCGCGUCCUCAUCCGCUGAACUACUUUUUGUCGAAGGGCGCGAGGAGGCCGCGGACCAGCGAGAAGGAGACGGAAACGAUUCCCAACGAUGGUGCGGAUCGUGAAAAUAGUAGAAAUCAUCUUUGGGAAAACGUCGACGGCAAUCCUCCAAAAUUGCCCGGCGUGGACGAUAACGGGAAUCCGUGCGUUCGAGCGCCACCGGAUGACGUUCUCGCGAUCACGACGAGCAAUCGAGAUUCAAGAUCGCGAGUGCCGAUUUUGAAGAAGUCGUUUCCGACGCGAUCUCGUAAUCGGGCGGACGAAGGGCCGACACUCGGACACAACGUGGUAGACGACUGUCCGCAAUCCGCCGGUCUUAGGACGAGAAAGGAGUCUUCGUGGACGGGAAACGAUCGACCGGCCAGCGCGAGGGGAAGAAACACGUCGAAGAUCUUUUCGUUAUCGCGCGCCGCUACGUCGCUGGACGGGCGACGGGAAGCGACGGGAACGCCGAGAAAGAAAAAAUUGGAAGAUUAUCCACCCACCGUGUCCCCGCUGAUGUCGUCGGACAAACGUCGCGCGGAGAGGGAGGCGAGCGGGAUCAGGUUGAAUUUUAUUUCGGUGAGCUCCAGCGAGAUCGCCAGCAUCCGCAGCGAUUCCAGCAAGCGCCGGGAGGACGAAGCGUCGUGGCGUUCGCGCGAGUCGUCGAUCAGUCCCAGGAGCCACGCGUCCUCGCGUCCACCUUGGAUGUCGGGCAACCGUGGCACCUCCUUCAACAGGAAGUACGGAGGAAACGUUACGGAGUUUUCCGCCGCGAGGGUCGCGGGACCGAGGUCGGCGCGCGGGAGUUUUCCGCCGAGGCAGAAAUUGGCAGAAGUUUCGUCCCGAGAACGUUCGAAGGAAUCCUCGACGGGCCACAAUCCGGCGUUGUCCGGGCGAAGAGCGGCGAGUUUCGUUGGCGCGUCGCCGGGAAAGGAAUUUAUCGGGAUGACAGUCGAGCAACAAAGCGGGGAGGAUCCGGCGACACGGCCGCCGCGACACGGGCAGUGGAGUAUAAAAUCAAAGGAUGUCGAAGGCGUCGCGGUGGAGGACAACGAGGAGGGACGAACUUUGGAGACUACCGAUUUGCCCGGCGGGGAAAAAAUGCCAGCGAGCUGCAGCACGACGUCGCCCGACAAUGCGGCUUUGUCGUUCUUGUCGUCGCCAGCACGAACGCCGGCUCGCCCGAGGAGGCGCACGUCCCGUACCGCUUACCCCGCCGCUGACGCGCCUGUAACUACGAGCGAAACUUCGGCGACAAAGGAGAAGCCGGAAUUAAUAACGAGCCGAUCCGGCACCGACGACGCUGCGAGAGGCGGGCCGGUACCCGGGAAUAAUGCGCCGGGACUCUUCCCGCCGUCCGUGCAGCGGGAUCGACGGGAGAGCCCGGCGAAAUUAAAUCGCGGUGGAAGGCGACGGUUAAGAAGCGCGGAGAAUCCCUCGAAAGGCGCGUCGCUAAGCCCGCAGAUUGAAUUAUCCGCCGAAGUGUUAAACCCGGCCGACGAUACCGAUAAAUCCGCGAUCCCCGACGGCGAGAAACUCGCGGGGCUUACGUGCCGGAUCGAUCCUCCCCCGCGGGAGGAUACAGGGACGGCCGGGAGAAGCGACGGGAAUCGAGCAACGGGUAGCGCGAGGACGCGGGCGGCGGCGGGAAACGACAUGAAAUCUAACAGCGCCAACGACGUCGCUCGAUCGAGAAUACUGAAAAUUAUACGAGAUCUGCGAGCGAGACCCGCCAGCGCGAACAACCUUCUCCGGAGCCGCGGACCCGCCGCGGCUCCGCAUCCGGCGCGACGGGAUGCAAAUUCCGAGACGAAAAGCGGAUUAAACGGCACGAAAUUGAAUACUCGAUCAAACGGCGCGGUCGACGAAAUGAGAUACGAUGAAUCCCCGUCCGCGGAGGCGGCGGCGGCGGCGACGUCUCUCGCCCCGCGCGAGUGCGGUAGCGUUUCUGCGGAGAAGGCGGAAGAGACGCGGCGACGAUGGGGCGAUAUCGCGCGGGGACGCGGCGUCGACGAGGAGGAGCUGCAGCUACCGCGACACGAUUCGAAAAUAGGACUCGCGAUGAACUCCGCUCUGAAGAGGUACAUUAAGAUGCUGAAACAGGGCCUGCUGAAUCGCGACAGAGACGGCGGCGUCGCGCUGAUGGCGUCCUUGAGCCUCUCCGACGCCGUAGCCGUCCUGUCGGACCAUCAGGGAACGCCGCUGUCGCCCGAGGAGGUGCAGGAGUUGCAAAUCGUCCUGGAUAGAAUCGAAAGAAAUCCCGAGCUCUUGUGCAAACUGUCGUCGUGCCCCAGCGUGGAGAGCGUAGUAUGA